UGUCAGCUGUUUUGACAAGGUGGGAUCAGAACCAGUGGGGAGAAUGUACCAGGCCUGGCCAACACCAGAAUGAGGGUCACCAGGGUAACUCUCCACUGUCCCUGGCAGAUGUAUGGAUCGCCUGAGGAUGGCAGCAUAGAUGAGAUCAGCCUGUCCUGCAUCCUCAAGACUGCACUGGGUGUGUCAGAAUUAACAGUGACUGACCUAUUCCAGGCUAUUGACCAAGAGGAGAAGGGAAGAAUCACAUUUGAUGACUUUUGUAGGUUUGCAGAAAUGUACCCUGACUUCGCAGAGGACUAUUUGUACCCUGACCAAACACAUUUCGACAACUGUGCACAGACACCCCCGGCACCAACUCCCAAUGGCUUCUGCAUUGACUUCAGCCCUGAAAACUCAGACUUUGGGAGAAAGAAUUUUUGUAAGAAAGUGGACUAAAGAAUGGAAGAUUCUGGAGGGCUGAGGCCCCUCCCACAUCACCACCUGCCUCCAGCGGUCUGGAGCCCAUUUGUGUACCGUGUCAUCUGCAUUUCCCUGUCUUCUCAUGCGUCUCUGUAUGUCAGCAGACCCGAGGUCCAAAAGGCUUGUGAUGUGUUUGUUUCCUGUCUCAGGGCCCAGCUGGGCAUUUGCAGUUAAGCUGUGUGCAUAUCCCACCCGCCGAUUGCAGGCAGGCAGGCAGGCAGGCGGGUGGUGCUCGGGCCUCCCUGUGGGGCAGGACUCCACAGGCUGAGUGGGCACAGGUAUGGAUGGCUGUGUGCUCACCUAGAAUCUGCUGGCCUUGAGUUUGUGUCCGUCUUUUACCUCGUCGUCUGUAUGGUGUACACAGUGUGGGGACCUCUGCACACAUGGCUAUACACACCUAUCCUGGAGCAGUCAGUCACCUUGUCCUGAUUCGGUGCCUCCGUCUUCGGCUCUCAACGUGAUGGGGCAUCAUCCGAUUAUAAGUGUUUCUUGUGUCCAUGCAGGACCUCGUGACUAUUUUAUAAACCUCACUUGGGUACUUUGGAAAACAUUCAACAUUUUUUUAAAGAAAAAAAAAAAGAAAGUUGGUUUUCUACUUCAUUUUCCGUGUUCACAUACAGAUAUUUAUUUCCAGGCUUGUUUUUGAUAGACUUAGAGGCUGUCUCUGGUGGCCACAGUUUAAAGCUCUCUCUGCCCUCCUCGUUUAGGUCCGUGGGACGUUUAUCCACAAAGACUGUCCCCAGGAUCCUUUUUUGCUUUGCUUAA